CCGAUCUCCACCUGCAGGGCGGACGGGAGAGCGAAAGGGCCGGCCGGGGCGGCGCUAUGGGGCUGAGGGAGCGGCUACGGUCCGGCAGCCUGGUUGCGGAUGCGCAAUAGGCGCAGGAAAAGCGAAGCGGCCGGUCACCUGCUCCGUGAAGCAGAGGGCGCCGGGAGUGCCGCCACGCCCUUGUUCUGGUGUGAUGCCAAAGAGUGCCGUGUGGCCAGGCAGCAUGACUGUGGAAGGCAUCCCCAGCGUGGCCUACGAUGGCAGCUGUGACAGUACGGUCAGCCUCGGCCCUGCCCUUAGCAACGGCAGUCUGGAGGACCUGUCUGCGGCGGAGAGGGAAUGCCUGAUGUUCCUGGAGGAGACCAUCGAAUCCCUAGAGGCUGAGGAGGAUCACGCCUCGUCCAGUAUCACGGAUAGCCUGACGUUCGAGACACCGGCCUUGUCUUGGAGUUUGGACCCACCCGGAUGGGAAGGCGACGGGGGUACAGGGGUGCAAGAAUUACGAGACCCCCUCCCCCCUGCCCCGCACAUGGGACACAGCGACCGCACCAUUCAUCCUGGAGUAGACGUCUCACCGCUGAAAGCGACACAAUUAAACACAGAACUGCCUGACCAACCAAGGUCCACCGCAGAAAGCCAGAACCAUGAAGGUCAGGACAGUGUCCCACCUGAAGUCAGCCUGGAGUUGAUCCCACCUCCGUUAGACUUCAGGGAUGAUCCAUUGGAGCAGAAAGAUCCAGUCAUCAGGGGUCCACUUAUCCACAAUGACCUUCAGAAACUGCAAAAUCAAGCCAGUCUCAAGAAAUCACCUCCUGUAUCUCCUGACCCCAAGGGGAAACCUCUUCCUGAACAUACCCUCAAUGGCAGCAUGCCAUCUUCGCCUACUGAGGUUGUACCCAUGCAUGAGCUCGGUGAACAAAAGAGCAGCCCACCCACGGUGGCCCCCAAGCCCAAGAAGCUGCCUUCCAACAUCAUCCUGAAGAGCCACAAGACACCAGGGUCCAGCCAAGACUCUGCAUCUCCAACAAACAGCACAACUACUUCCCCCAGCGAGAGGCUGGUGAUGGACCCACAGAAGGUGAGGAUGGAGGCCCUACGUAAAAUUGGCCUUUUGAAGGCUGAUGACGUUGACUGUGGGGUCACCCACAGUCCUGGCCACUCCCCCAAGUCUUACAGAUUUUUCCAGCUCCCUACCCCACCCAUCAGCCCUUCCUCCACCUUCUUACAGUCGAGCGAUGUUAACAUUGUUCCAGCAUCUGCCUCGACCUUCAAGGAGCUCCAUGAAGCGAGAGACAGACCAGCUCUUCCAGGGGGGCAUCAAGAGCAGGUCAACAAGCCUGUGAACUUUCCUGGGGUCAAAUCUGCAUCCUUGGAGCGAAGCCCCUGCAGCCCUAGAAGGCAUCAGGCCGGUCGUGGCUCCUUUGGCAGCCAUCAGGGCCCCUCCAAGGCCAUCGGCAACGGCUCCCCGUCCUCCGAGCACAACUCAAGGCCUCGACCCGCCUCUCUAGGCAACAGGCAUGACUUAAGGGGCAACAUUUCGCUGCCGAACACAGAUGCUAAGGCAUCAGAAGUCAGGGACAGGGAGAAGGUGGCCCCCCAAUACGUGCUGGGCCCCCCCAAGCUCCCGCGCUCGCAGGGUGUCAGUGUAGUGAUCAGCCCCCGCGGAGAUGUGGGCGAGGCCCGCCGAGAGGCACUAAGGAAGCUGGGGUUGCUAAAGCACUGAGGCUCCCCUGCUCCUCAGGAAGCACCUCUGAGCUCAGGGCUGGAGCUCAGCCUCCCAUUGGCUGGUUUAUCCUGCAAUAGUCACACAGGAGAACGAUGUGAGAAGAUCAUUCAUCCCACUGCCACUAAUGUGCACCUUCUGGGACACAGAUAUGUAAAUACCUGCUGUACUGUAUAUGGGAUUGUUUGUGACGGAUCAGUCUGAGCAAAUCUUUUUUUUCCAUGCAUAUCUUAAAUAGUAUCACUGUCUUUCAUGGCUGUAAGAAUUUUAGUUUUUAGUGAAGCUGAGUAAUGUAACAUUUAAUUUGUAAUAUAAGGUAUAACCGGUGGCCCUGUAAUUAAGCAUGAAGUUAUGUAAUGAGCUACGGGGUGGACUGUGAUGUACCGUUGAGAGAGGUCCUUCUUAGAAUGUGUUGCAUUGCAAAGAUCUUGUUACAAGAGCAGACAGUGUGGGAUACCAUGUUACAUUAAACCUUCCAGCUGUGUGUGUGAA